CAAUGGAGCAGAACCAGGACUUCUGUGAUACCUCGAUUAAAGAGGAGAAGCAGGACCUGGAUCUCGAGGAGCAGGACAACCAGACUGCGAUGAAGGAGGAGGACCAGGCCCCGGAUUCAGUCGACCAGCACCACUGCCAUGGCGGGAUUAAGGAGGAGAGUUUUAUCGAGCAGGACCACAAGAUCGAGAUUAAAGAGGAGAACCAGGACCCGUAUUUCACCAACCAGGACCACGACAAGACCGAGACAAAGGAGGAGAACCAGAACCAGGGCGAGGACCACCAGAGCACCGAGCGCGCUGGUCCCAACGGGCGGCAGAAACGGAGACUCCCAAGGCCUCGUCAGAUCAGACGUCCUCAAAUUUCACAGUUACCUCGCCAACGUACGCAAAGGUCUGCAAGGAAGAGGAAGUUCCCAGAUGACGGCGAGGAGGACGGGUGUGAUUCAGAGAGCGAGAAUAAUGAAGACAACCUUUUAGAUUAUGAGGAUAGUGGUUCAGACUGGCAGCCUAUGUCAAGUCUGCCCGCUCAGCGCAAUACACUGAAGCGUCGACGCUCCUCUGCAGCCACCAGCACACCUGGACGUCCACGUGCUGCCAGGGGUGGUCGGGGGAAAGGUAAAAGAGGAAGACCACCAAGUGGACCACCAGACUCGAACACAAAGAAACGCAGGAAACGAGUGAACACUAAAGGGAAAGUUAACACUAAAGAGAAAGUUAAGACUAGAAGGAGGAGGCGUAACUGUGACCAGACUGUGAUGCCUUCAGAAGUGCCUCAGUCUGCGCAGAAGAAGUUAUCCACAGACAGCACUCUAAUAAUCGUUUCCUCUGACGACAGCGAGGACAGCGAGUACGAUUCGGAGAGAGAGACCAUGUUCGCCAACGGCAUGGAUAAUGUUUUAGAUCAGUCAGCGAGUGACUUCACUGACUCAGACUGUGAGCAUGACGUUCUGGGAACCUCGUCCUCAGUUCGGCGCAGUAAGCAGAAGCGUAAACACUCCUCUGCUACAGCGACUGACUCGGGUGCUGCGGGUAGGAAAGGAAAAUCACCCAGGUCAUCGGCCUUGUCUCAGUUCAGCCACACAGACCAGCCGUGGAGAACUGUUGAUGAUGAGGAUGUCGAGCCCGCCGCACUGGCCUUCAUGCCCAUCAGACCGCCGGGACCGCAGCAGGAAACCAGGCAAGCUCACACUCCACUAGAUUUCUUCAAACUCUUUUUUACUGACGCCGUGUUCAGGUCUUUGUUGAAGAACACCAAUGCAUACGGUGCAAAGAAACAAGAAGGGAGUAAAACAGCGUGGCGCGACCUCACUGUCGAUGACCUGUUCUCCUAUCUUGCAAUGGUGGUUUACAUGGGCUUAGUGAAGUGCUCCGCCAUGGUGGACUACUGGAAAGGAUCCCGACUCUACAACUUCCCAUUGCCGGCCUCCAUCAUAUCACGGAAUAAAUUCUUGAACAUUUGCCGAACUCUACACAUCAGCAGCAUUAAAGACGACGAGAAGAAUGAUGCCAAGAGGGGGACGCCAGAGUAUGACCGUCUGUGCAAGAUAAAGCCGCUCUACAAUCAGAUCGUCAAAGCCUGCAAGACGCACUUCCAACCCGGUCAGCACAUUUCAAUCGAUGAGAGGAUGGUGGCAUCGAAGGCCAAAAUCUCCAUGAAGCAGUACAUCCGGAACAAGCCCAUGAAGUGGGGGUACAAGCUGUUCGUACUGGCCGAUUCCAGUUGUGGCUACACGUGGAAUUUCCAUGUGUAUGAGGGCAAGUCAUCGGUCACUGGGAAAGGAAUGAGCUACGACUCGGUGAUGUCCCUCAUGGAGUUCGAUAACCUGGGUACAGGUUAUCAUCUCUAUGUUGACAACUUCUACACCAGUACUCACCUUUUCCAGGACCUGUUGGCCAAAAAGGUCGGGGCCUGCGGCACUUUCCAUCGAAACAGAGUCGGUUUCCCCAAGAACCAGGCCAACGAUUUCACCAGGGACACCGCCAGAGGCACCAUGAGGUGGAUCAGGGACGGCGACCUGCUCUUUGUGAAGUGGAUGGACACCCGAGAGGUCGCCAUGUGUUCCACCAUCCACAAGGCCUACAGCGGAGACGUCGUCCACAGACGAGUAAAGAGAGCGGGGAACUGGGUGAAAACCGACGUCCCUAUUCCCGCCCCAGUCAGGGAGUACAACCAACACAUGGGAGGGGUCGACCUGUCCGACGCUCUCAUUGGGUAUUACAGUGUCAUACACAAGACCAGGAAGUGGUACCGGACCUUUUUCUACCACUUCCUGGACAUAGCUGUGGUGAACGCCUACAUUCUGUAUACAAAAUGUGAGAGCGCUCCCGCCAUGACGCAGAAAGAAUUCCGGCAGGCGCUCGUCGAGGAGCUCGCCAACAAAGGCUCUGUGUCCAGCUCUAUACCUAAAAACUCCAGGUACAUCGCCCCCUGUGGCCCAAUGGCUCCACACAAGCUGCGCUACUUCACGGUCGGACAGAACAUUCCCAAACGGGACGCGAGCACCGCCGGAAGAAGGUGCUGCGUGCUCUGCCACAGGAAGACGCCGGUUCACUGCGUCACCUGUGAAGUAGCCUUGUGUUUUGUGGCACAGAGGGACUGCUUCAACACCUGGCACACACAGAAGGGUCUGUAGGUGUGAGGCAGCUUUCAGGAGGUCUGACAACCUGAUGCCCCCGCCGGCACAUCAACACUGGAGAGAAAACGCACAGCUGUGACGAACACACGCCAAGGCAACGAAAUGAGCAUUGACAUGCUCACACUGGAUGAUAAAGACUUUACUGGUGUGAUCCAUGUGGAAAAACGUCCACAAACAAAUCUGAGUGAACGGAGCGGAGGCUCGCAGCAGCCGAAGCUUUUCCAGCUUGAAAUGAGACAUUUCCUGGACGUCGCCACUGUCGCCUCCUUCCUGCUCGAGAGAAUUUACAGACUGUAGAUUGAACCACCCGCUUCUCCGUCCACCGUCCUGCUGCAGCUGUAAUGACAGGUGCAGCCCUCAGACAUCAGUGUGUGGUCUGUACAACAGUCACUGAUCGGCUGCAGCACCAGAACACUGCGUCAUUGCAGCAGAGAGCUGCCGUGGCGACUGGCACAGAAACAGAUUUAAUCGAGCUCAUUUCUGAGUUACUGAGUCAAGGAAAAACUCCAAACAUUUCCUGGUUCAGUGGAAUCAGAUGAAGAUUUGCUGCUUUCCUGCUCUCAUGUACUUUUAUAUGUGCAGUACCUCGGUGCUGUCGGAAGAAUGAAACACACCUGACCUCAAAACUUUGGACUCUGGGAAACUACAUGAGACAUUUUUCACCGUUGUAGCAGCUGAAGCCGACUUUAUACUUUCCUUUUUUUAAUCCCUGUUUUCUAUAAAGAAUGAAGUGCUCUUCCUACUACACUACAUGAUUUAGUUCUUUUUAGUAACAUCAUCAUUGUACUGAAUGUUUGAUCUGUUCUGAUAUAUAGUAGUGAUAGAGUUUUUAUUCAAGAAGCCAGUGUUCUCAGUGACUAACUCUGAUUCCUGACCUCGGUCUGAGAGACUGGACUUCACUGUUUGUUGGUCUUUAAGUUGUUUUUAUUUUUGAGACAAACUUGGACUAAACUUUAAUUUGUUCUAUUUUUCAGACACUGAACUUUUCUGACCUUUUAUUCUGCAUGAAAUAUUCUUCAUGGUUUACUCAAUAAAUUUG